AUGCUGGUGCUGGCGCUGGCGUCGUGCCGGCGGCUGCGGGCUGUACCGGCGGCGGCGGGCACGCGCCGGGCGCCGCACGCGCACCCGCACCCCCGCACCCGCUGCCGCACGCUGCGCGCCGGCAGCGGCGCCUCCGAGCGCUCUGGCUCCCCGGGCUCGUGCUGCGCCCCGCCGCACUACAGCCGCUGCGCCUCGCUGCACCUCGCGCCGCCGCCCUACACGGAGGUCACGGCUAAGCCCGACCUCUACCCGCUCGUCUUCGGCUACGCGGACGGCGCCGCGCCGGGCAAGGGCGUGCCCGGGACGGCGGGCGCGGCCACCGGCGCCGGCAGCUACCUCAUGGUGCAGUACUUCCGGAAUUACAUCGUGCGGCCUAUCGUACAAAACAAUAAAGGUAAUUGUUCUGAAAUUGCUGCGCUGCAGGAAGGCAUUUGGCUUGUUGCAGGGUCGCUGUCGGGAGCCAGCACCGUCGACUCGCUCAGUUCGGGCUUCCUGUGCAGCGCCGCCAACGAGGCCAACUCGAUGGUGCCGCCCCCGUACUCGUGCACGGGGAGCCUGGACGAGUUCGGGCUGUCGUCGGUGGCGACUGGGGCCAGCGGGCCGGUGGCGCAGACGCCGCUGCCGGGCUCGGGGUCGUGCGCGGGCGCGGGCGCGGGCGCGGGGGGCGGCGGGUCGCAGCGCUUCGUGUCGGCGGCCGCCCUGUCCGCCGCCACGGGGUCGGAGGCGAGCAGCUUGGCGGGGGCCGGGGCGGCGUCCCCGCCGCGCGCCACCUCGCCCACGCUGGAGCUGCGCUCGCUGCUGGGCCGCAUCAGCCGCGCCUACCUGCCGCUGCCGCCCGCGCCGCCGCCGCCCCCGCGCCGCUGGCUGUCGCGCUCCGCCCCCGCCACGCCCUGCUCCGCGCUGCUGCCGCCUCUGCCUUCCGCCGGCGCGGGCCCCGGCGGUGCCGCCGCCCUCGCCGACGGCUGCAGCCCGCUGCUGGCCGGAGAUGCCGACGACGACGAGGAGGACGAGGACGACGACGACGAGGGCGCCUGCAGGCGCCUACAGCGGCCCGUGUGA